AUGACGUCACCAUAUGCACACACUCUUCUUACAUCAAUUGCAGCACAAGAGGAAGAAGCAGGUAAAACUUGUGGUCAAGCCGCUACCCUCCACGGCGUCGUCGGUGGAUGUGGUGAUAAAAGUGGCGCGGUAGAGGAAGCGGACGGUGGGAUAAGGGGACACUGGUCUGCCAUUCGAAUUUCUCGAAUUGUAUCGGAAACAUUAAAAUUAGGGAUGUUUCGGAAAAUCCUCCACCCUGAAAUCAUCUGCCCCAACCAUGGAGGAGCAGAAGGUGGUGGUGGACUUGGUGGAGGACUGGGAAGUGGAGCGGCGGUAGACUGGGAGGAAGAGUUGGGGUUGGACUUGGUGGAGGAGCAGGAGGUGGUGCCCGCAAUUUCUAGGCUUUAUCUGAGCAUUUCAACUUUCCGCUUGCACGUCGGUCUGGGCUCUAUUCUGUUGUUUCUUUUACAGCUGACUCUAGAGUUCGGUGGAGGACUGGAGCUUCUUUGUAAUUCUGUAAAGAUCCAUAAGGUCAAUGUCGACCCACAAACUGAGGAAGAGAAGCUAACGAUGAAACACUUGCUCCCUUGGAUUCACACCAAUUUAAUCAAGGAGAGGCCUGAAAUGUUUAUGAAAGGUGAUUCCGUGAGGCCAGGAGUUCUAGUCCUUGUAAAUGAUUGCGACUGGGAACUAAGCGGACAGCUUGACACAGUGCUGGAAGAGAAGGACGUCAUCGUAUUCAUUUCAACAUUGCACGGUGGAUAG